AUGACACGCAUUGCCUCUGGCUCGGAGAAGGUGGACUUUGAUUGGGAACCGUCAAAGAUUCAUCUCAGCAUUCCUUUGAUGUGGGAUGUGCUACAAAUCAAUUGUUUACCAACAUUCGACGAGACACCUACAGCUGGCCUGCUUCACUCUUCAUUGAUGCCGGUCAUUUUCCCAGAAGAUAAAGAAAACUCAGCUACCACGAUUGAAGUUAUUGUUGCCAUGUCUCCAGACAUCACGGUGAACACUGCCGACGGUGGCUCGGCCGCUCAUAUGCCACCUAAGAUGCCCCGUAUUGCUGCAUCGGCACCAAACUCUCCAACUGCUCCCCUUAAUGAUAAACUCGUCGCUCCUGCUGACAGCCUAAUGGCUAAUGCUCCUUGGCUAUGGGCCGACUCUUCACAAUUUGUUGACAUGGAGACUCUUGGUUAUCCGGAGUCGGAAUCAACGUUGGGUAAUAUUGACGGAUUUUCCACAUGGUGGGAUUUUGGAAACUUAUAA